AGAGGAACCUCAUCUGAUCCACACACACACACCCUCGCGCUUGCUGGAAUUACAGGAUCAAGCAGGAAUUCGGACAUCUGAUGGUUUUAUUUGAUGUCUGAUCCACUAUGAAGUACUCCCAGAGAGGUUAAAGCUUAAAGGAAGUCGAGUUGGGAAUAUUUAGUUUGUUUCACGUCACCAUGGAGAUCAGGAAAGUGCAUCUGAAGGGUCCCGGGACGGUUUUACUGACCAUGAUGAUGUUCAAAUGGGGAAUAUUCUGUUCCGGAUCAUCUGAUUUGUGUGCAUCUUCUCCAUGUCAGAAUGGGGCAACAUGCGUGGAUACAAUGGACGACUAUGUGUGCUUGUGUUCGCGGGAAGGAGUGCGGUACAUGGGGAGGGACUGUGAGGAGCUGUACAAUGCUUGUAUGUUUGCUGAAUGUGAAGGGUGUGAGAGUGAACUUGGCACAGACCACUACACCUGUCCAGAGGACAAAGACGAGUGCAAAAGUGGCCCAUGUGUUGGUCCCCACUCUGAGUGUGUAAAUGAGCAGAAUGGCUACAAAUGCCUGUGCCCACCUGGUUUCGGGGGAGAAGACUGCAGUCACCGAAUCACAGACUGCAUUGAUGAACCCUGCCUCAACAAUGGCACCUGUAGACGGAUAGUGGAUGGAUUUGAAUGUGCCUGUUCUGAUGGAUUUCGAGGCGAGACCUGUGAAGAAGACCUAGAUGAGUGUGAUUCACAUCCCUGUCAGAAUGGUGCAAUCUGUUUGGAUGGGGUCAACAAGUAUCAGUGCUUUUGUGUACCUGGAUACCAAGGACACAACUGUGAGAUUGACAUCAAUGAGUGUGCAUCCCGACCUUGUUGGAACAAUGGGACCUGUAUUAAUGGGAAAGACAGAUAUCUGUGUGAUUGCCUACUGGGAUAUACAGGUGUAAACUGUGAGUUGGAAAUCGAUGAAUGCGAGUCAAAUCCCUGUCAAAACGGAGCCACCUGUCAUGACCUAGUGGGACUGUACACCUGUGACUGUGUGCAGGGAUUUGAAGGCUCGGACUGUGAAAUUAAUAUUGAUGAAUGUGAAAGUGGUCCUUGCCAGAAUGGAGGACUUUGCCACGACCGCAUUGAUAGUUAUGAGUGUGAAUGUGAAGGCACUGGAUAUAUGGGAGACCACUGUGAAGAGGAUAUUCCAGAAUGUGCAUCACAUCCUUGCCAACAUGGAGGAACUUGUCUGGAGGGCAUUAACCACUACAACUGUUCCUGUUGGCCAGGUUUUGAAGGUGGUAACUGUGAGGUGGAUAUAGAUGAAUGUGCUGAUGCUCCAUGUGAGAACGAUGGUGAAUGUUUUGAAAAGUCAAAUCCGGAACACUGGGAAACAGACUGGGAGUUCACUUAUGCCACAGCUGUGGGCUAUGUAUGUCAGUGCCAACCAGGAUACACAGGAGAGAAUUGUUCAGUGAACAUAAAUGAAUGUGUGUCCGAGCCAUGUCACAAUGGUGGAAGCUGUAAGGAUUUGGUUAACGGAUACAUGUGUGAAUGCCCAGAGGGAUUCACAGGUGUGGAAUGUGAGGUGAAUAUAGAUGAGUGUGAGAGUGCCCCCUGCCUUAAUGGAGGUGUAUGCGAAGAUGGAGUGGCUGAAUACAAGUGUCACUGUGCAGAAGCUGAGGAAGGUCUGUUGCCAUGGGGCGGACCCCAGUGCACGGUGCAGCUGCUUGGUUGCAUUGGACAUGAAUGCCAAAAUGGUGCCACCUGCUUGCCAUGGUUGGAUGGAGAGACACAUGGACAUACCUGUCUUUGUCCACCUGGUUUCUAUGAUGACGUAUGCUCUAUACAAACCACAUUCUCCUUUUCCUCACCGAGGUUCUUUCUUAUUGAGCUUCCAUCACUUGAACGCAGAAGGAGAGAGACAGAACCUGAACACCCCCUAGGGGUCCGCUUGCGAUUCCGCACCACACUGCCUGAUAUGUUGCUGUUUUUUCGUGGUAAUGCGGAGUUCUUCCUAUCCUUGGAGAUUGUUGGGGGUGAGCUGCGUGCCAGGGCAACAUCAAAGGAGGAAGGAUCACUGGAGGCACAAUUACCAGGACUUGUAAGUGACGGAGACUGGCAUGAGGCAAUUGUGAACAUUAAUGAACAUGAUAUCAGGCUUGUCCUUCAAGUCAAAGGUGCAAACUGUAAUAAUCAAGCAUGCAGAGUUGAAGACAAGCUACAAGAUGGUCAUGAAACUUUCUUGCACCAUGACAGCCUCACCAAAGUGUAUGUGGGAGGAGUACCAGAGGAGUAUAUUGGGCUUACCUUGAGCGGCCAAGGCUUUUUGGGUUGUAUGGAGGAUUUGCAGGUGGAUGGUCAUCCUGUCCUGCCACAUGAUCUGGGUCAUGAGGAGGAGAGCGUUGAGUUGGGCUGUGUAAAGACAGAAUGGUGCCAGGAAGAUCCACAGCCCUGCUCUCAACAAGGCCAUUGUGUUGAUCUCUGGACGAGCUACCGCUGUGACUGUUACAGACCCCAUUAUGGACAGGACUGCAGCAAAGAUAUGCCUACCUGGACAUUUGGUCAUGAGAACUCCACAAGUUUUCUUGCAUUUGAACUGCUGUCUGAUUUUGGAAGUAAUUUUAGCGUGUCAUUCUUCCUUCGAUCCCUUAAAUCAAGCGGAUUAUUAUUUCAGCUACGUAGGUCAGGGGUUCAGGGGACAGAAGAUGAACCUUAUUUCACCAUAUACCUGGAAAUGGGACGAUUACAGGUGACCUCUAUGGCGGAGUCACCCAUUCUGUCAUCACCAGUGUUUGUCUCCAAUGGAGAAAAGCCACUGCUUCAGGUGGACAUACAGGAUGGUCAGGUUUUCUUUAAUCAUGGAGGAUAUCGCUACGGGCUUGGCUUACUGCCCGACUUGGAAGUUCUGGAGGGAGACUUGUUGUAUAUUGGUGGAGUUCCAGGUGAAGAGGGUGCAACUGUUUGGGGUGGUCAUUUUAAGGGCUGUCUGCAAGACCUGAGACUGGACGACGUGCAUCUGGAUGUGGAAGACUGGAAUAAUACACUCAGUGAGAGCAUCUAUAUCGCCAGUGAUUCAGAAAAUGUCCUUCCUGGGUGCACGAGUGAUGACACUUGCAAGAUGGAGCCUUGCUUAAAUGGAGGAGCAUGCACAGUCACAUGGAAUGACUUUAUUUGUUCCUGUCCAAAGGAUUUCACAGGAAAGACAUGUGAAACCAGAGUUUGGUGUGUCAGCGAUCCAUGCAUAAAUGGUGGACACUGCGUAGAUCUGUUGGAUGGUUUUGAAUGUAUAGCGAACGCAACCUUUGACAAUACCCCUUUACACUACAGUGCUAAGGGAUCUCUACUUGACCCAGUGACCAAUGUUACCAUGAAGCUCCGUACAAGACAGGAAAAUGGUGUACUACUUCGUGCAUGGCGUGGGGAGGAGCUUCUACUGAUUGGUCUGUUGGAUUCAUCCAUUCAUGUGGAGAUUCACACAGCGAACAGUGUAGAACCAGUGAAGUUCUCUGGACAGAGACGCAUAGCAGAUGGAAACUGGCAUCGACUGCUGUUUGCGAUGGCCCACCCAGAGCAUGAUGCGUCACAGUGGUUCGUUUUGGUGGAUGGCAUCAUCGAUGGUAGCAGUGCCCCAGUGCUUGCAGGUAGUUUAAAUUUUCUUAAAGACAUAUCAAGCGAGGUUGCACUGGCCGAGACCUUCACAGGAUGUCUAGGUGCUGUCAGAGUGGGUGGAGUUUACCUUCCAUUUGUGGACAAUACCAAAUCACCCCAAACAACACGGUUUUGGCGAAGACCAGAUGAGCAUGUACACUUGGGAUGCUUUGGGGCACCAGUCUGCCGCUCUCAUCCCUGUAGGCGUGGUGGCACAUGUGUGGAUCUCUUCAAUAAAUUUGGUUGUAAGUGCCCAUCUGGCUGGGAAGGGAACAUUUGUGAGAAGGAAAUAGACGAGUGUAUCUCGGGACCUUGCCUUCAUGGCAAGUGCAAGGACAAGCUUAAUGGGUUUGACUGCUUAUGUCACCCAGGAUACGCAGGACCUACAUGUUCAGAAAACAUAGAUGACUGCAAAGGAUCGAGGUGUAAGAAUGGAGGAACCUGUGUUGAUGGAGUUAAUGACUUUACCUGCAUCUGCCCACCUAAGUACAGCGGAACACGUUGUCAAUACAACUACCCACCACUAAAGUGUGCCCUGGAUGUUGAAUGUGAAAAUGAUGGUGUUUGCCAUGACACUCCGUGGGGGGCAAACUGCACCUGUCCUCCAGGAUUCACCGGAGAAAGAUGUGAGAGAGAAAUCGAUGAGUGUGCUUCUAGCCCUUGUCUAAAUGGUGGAUCGUGUCUGGAUCGCCUCAACCGCUUUCAGUGUUUGUGUCCCGCAGGAUUCAGUGGCCAGUUCUGUGAAACAAAUAAACAAGCACAGCAAGAUCAUAUACCAUGGCUGGCGAUAGCGGUUCCAUUGGCUUGUGGCUGUAUCCUCUUAGUGGCCAUUGGUCUCAUUUUCAUGUUAAUGACUGCACGAAAGAAGCGGCAGUCGGAAGGAACUUAUUCCCCAAGUCAUCAGGAAGUUGCUGGUGCACGUCUGGAGAUGGACAGCAUGCUGAAAGUACCACCAGAAGAACGGUUAAUAUGAGAUAAAAUGCAGAGGCUUUAAUAUUAUUGACUUUUCCAAGACGAUGUGGCAUUAUGGAGCCACAACGAGAACAUCAAACAAGCAACCUGAAAGUGCACUGCGAGAGGAAACUUGAAAUUGGAAAAUGGGAAUGAAUUUAAUAUGAAUUAACUGUCAUUAUAUGACUGUGGAUGUUAACCAGAAACUCUUCCAGAUGACAUUGGACUUGGUGAUGAUUUACCUCAUGGCAUUAUAUGCCUUAACAGCUCUGACAAAGUGUCAUACUGUAAAGAGGUGGAAAAAAAUUUGUUUACUUUCUCCCAGCAACAAAACCCUCUCAAAAACGAGCAACUGAAAAUAGUGUUAUUGAACAAUAUUUGAAUGUACAAGCUAUAAUACCCAUAGCAAGACUGUUGUGCUAACUAGCUACUGUUCCUGCUGUAGGCUACACUGGAUAUGAUAAUCAAAACAGACGAAUGUGGCUUAUGGGAAAAAUUAGCCAUUAACUUUUGCAGAGGAGGGGUACAACUGAAGUUAGUAACUUCAAUAGUAAUAAUGUGCUUUCUUUAAAAGAAAUAUGGGCAUUGCUGUUUU